UUACCGCGACGAUCUUCGGGCCAAGUUAGUUAGCUGUCGACUGCUGCCGCUGUUUAUGGCACUUUAGCUAUGAAGCGAGGCAUGCAACUCACCGCCGCCUGGCUGUGCCUCUUGGCCACGGCAAGUGUGGCCCAAAACCAGGAGUCCUCCGCCAAAUGGUCGCGGCAACUGGAGAAUGUGGCCACCGCCGACACGGAUUCACUGGACUGGGUGCCCCUCGCGCAGCCUCUGGACGGCAGCAAGGACCGGACGGGCAAUGGACGCGUGUUGACCUACUCGCAGACCUUCCCGCCCAGCGCCCGAUUCGGGGAUCUGAGCAAGACGGGCUCCCAGUUCGACUAUCCCUUCCAGUUCCAGCGGUAUCCCAAUGGGGCGGGACAGGCGUUGCCUCUUCGCCAGGCUCCACCGCCGCCUCCGCCGGCCACGCUGAAGGGAUCGGGAGUGGGAGUGGGCCAGGAGCCCACCUCGCAGUCCUUCUUCAAGUUCGAGAUGCCCUUCCACGGCAAUGGUGACGGGCAGGCUCAGGCGCCGCCCACUCUGCAAACGGGCUACCAAAUCCAGCACACCUUCGGAGCAGGAGCUGGCGGCUUCCCGGCACCCUCCUCCAUCUUCAGUCCGCCAUCUCUCUUCGGGCAACAGCAGGGGCAACCCUUCGGGUCCGACUUCCACUCGCUGGGCUCCCAGAAGCCGCUGGCUCAGGCCCUGAACAAGCCACUGCAUCAGCAGAACUACAUCCAGGACAUCUUGCCGCCCAAGAGCCUGGGCAAACCCCUGCCCACUCAGCCCUCGCUGCAGAGUGUUACGCCGCAGGUCUUUCCCGUGGAUCCCGAGCCGGACACCCUCUUCGGAUCGAACAAGGCAGCGCCGUCGGCUGCGCCGUCUUCCUCUCGCGACCAGGAUGUCCAGUUGCUCUACGUGCCCUACGACACCCUGUACAACCAGCAGCGCCAGCCAGCGGGAUCGGGAUCGGGAUCGAACUCCAACUUCGAGGUGAACAAGUUCAAUGUGAAUCCGGGCCUGCCGGCGGUCAAUCCCUACCAGAUCAACCAGUUCUACACCCAGGAUCCCAGUGUGGAUGAUUUCUUCAGUUCGGGAACCACCACCAGACCAAGUACCACCACCAGUCAGCCCCAGAGCAUCUUCCAGAGCUUCGGACAGCCCCAACCUCAGCAGACGCAGUUCACCACCGCGAAGCCCAAGCCGAAGGCCCACCAGCCUCCGCUGGCCAUGUUCCUGCUGCGUUCCAACUCCCGACCCUCGCAGUCGGACGUGGUGACUGCUUUGAGGAGUGCCCACAGCAUCUCCGUGAUCGAUGCGCCCACCAAGCAGACCCCGGAGAUCUUCGUGGGACCCGCCGGCAUGCCCAUUCCCGAUGGCUACGUGAAGUUCGACCUGCCCUAUCUCUCGCAACUGACCUCCAACCGCGACCUGAGCGAUGUGUCCUUCUUUGUGGCCCCUCUGAGCUACCGCACACCCAACGGCUUCAACAAGAUCCUGCUGCCGGAGCCCCAUGUGGGUUCCAUUGUGGUCAACAGGGCCAAGGACAUCGGCAGUAGCCAACAAUUGUCGCCGGCUGUCCGUCCCCAGCGUCCCCAAUAUGCCGCCGUGAGCAGCACCCGCAAUCCCUUCGAGAGCACCACUCAGUCGCAGUUGCAGUUGCAGGGACAGGGACAGGGACAGGGACAGGGUCAAGUUCCCGAGCGGGGCAACAAGUUCAGCUACUACUAUGUGCAAGAUGGCAUCCAGGAGGUAAGCUCGCCCAAGGUGCCCGCCAAGCAGGAGCGGCACAAGAAGAAGCGCCCCCAGAGCGUCCAGGUGCAGCAGCCCCUCUACCGUCCAGCGCCAACCAAAGCCCAAGCCCAAGCGCACAGUCAGAACCCCUUCGAUACCCUCAACCAGAUUGGCGGCGACGACUUCUUCAAGACCCUGGGCAGCAAGCCCACCACCAGCACCACCUCCAGUACGUCCACCAGCACAACCACAUCGUCCACCACGUCGACGACGGCUGCUCCCCAAUCCCUGUUCACCUAUAGCACGCGACCACAGAUCGAGUUCCCCGGCUCCAGUGGACAGCUGUAUCCCCAUUUUGUCCAGGAGCCCGUGCAGGAGCCACUGCCCCGACUGACGACCCGACCACCAACCGCCUCCACCGCCGAGGAGGAGCUCCGCAUGAAGCAGUACUUCCGUGAGCAGAACGCAUUCCGCCAGCGGCCCCACACCACAAGCCCUCCUUCCUUCGAAUACACCCCCAGUACCGCGGACUAUGAGGCCCCGCUGCCCACCACCACCUCCACCACCCAGAGGAUCAAGACCAAGCACCGGGUCAAUCUGUAUACGCCCGCUGCCGUUCCGGUGACCACCUCGGACGUGGGCUACAACAGCGUGGUGGAGCAGCAGGCGCCCCCCAACCAUCGCCCCAGCUAUAACCAAGUUCAGAACGAGAUACUGGACAACAGCAAUGUGGAGUACGAACCGAAUCCCUACCAUGUGCCCUCGGAGCUGCCCGCUCUGACGCCCGACAUUCCCGGACUGGUCAACAAUCUGCAGGAGAAGGACAAGCUGCAGCCACCCAUCCCGACCAUCCCUCAGGCUCAAGUCGAACUGGAAGCGGAAAUGCGUCCCACCCGGCGCCCUGUGCUGCGCACUCGCAAGCCAGCGGUGACCAAGGUCACCUCCUCGGUGUCCUACUCGGAGUCCGAGUCCAGCGGCAAGCUGCCCACGCACCGGAUCAGGAGGCCCUACAGCAGCCGCGGAACGACAGCGCCGGACGCCUCCGCCGGCAGCGGCGAUGGUGGCGAGGAGUCCGCCGUGACCCCCACCCGCCGACCCACCAGUGCACGGAACCCGCUCAUCCGCAACCCCAACCGCAUCCGCUACAGGCCCACGACCGAGGAGCGCCAAACGCUGAAGACGAAGCCCCGGAAGGGAUCGAAGAACGGCCGGCCAAACGAGGACCAGGACAUCGACUACCAGCGGGAUGUGCUCAAGCAGAACUACCCGGUGUUUAAGGCGCCGUCCAGGCGGCCCACCAGUCCCACGGCCAUUCCCAGCUCCUACGACGUGCAGGCCACCACCGAGGGACCCGCCUCCGAGUCCCAGCAGGUGUACACGGUGACGCCCAGCAACAGCAUCGAUGGCCCGCCCAGCGAGCAGAGCGGCUUCCCCUCCAACCUGCUGGAACCCAUGCAGAUUGCCCAGCACUACCAGGAGUUCUCCAAGGACAACUACGGACCGGGCUACUUCCCCAACCAGGAGGACCUCAAUCCCACGGAGGCCAUCGUCCGCAACGAGGUGAGCCCGGUCUACACCACGCUGGCCACCACAACGCCAUCGACCACCACGACCACCACAACCACAACCACUGAGGCGCCAUUGACCACCACCACGACAACGCGUCGCUCGCCUUUCGUGAGGAGGAACUACCCGCGACUGCGGACGACCACGACGACGGAGACACCGGUGACCUCCACCACGCCCUCGGAGGAGAGGCCCUCGAUCCGCUCUCGACUGCCACCCCGUCGAGUGGUGAAGGUGCGUCAGCGACAGCGUCGUCCCACGCAUCCCGCCUCCUCAUCAACAGUGGCGCCCGAGGAGGAAUCGGAGCCCGUCACCCAGAAGCCAAGUCUGCGUAAGCUGAGCCGUUACAACAACCAGGAGCCCAAGGAAAAGGAGGCAACAGGGUCUCCCAUUACCCAGCGUCGUCGGUACAAGCAGCCCUUCCAACUGGAGGGUCAGGAGUCGCAGUGGUCGCCAUCGUCGGAAACGGCCAACAGCAAUGCCAACUCGAACAGCUUCAAGCCGCUGAGUCCCAAGUACAAGACAGAGACGCACAACUUCGAGAGCGAGCCGGAGAUUGUGACCGCAGGCCCAACCAAUCAGCCGGAGACCUACGAGAUCAAUGUGGCUGCAGAUCUUGGAGGAUCAGCCGUUCAGCGCACCACCAUCAUGGCGCCCAAUCUGAAGCCAGAGAAAUCCUUUGCCGAGCUGCUGGAGGAAGUGAUGGGCAAGGCGCCGGGGGAAUCGACCACUGAGUCCAUCAGCAGUACUCUAAGUCGGCUCAGCAGACGUGGCAAGUGGCAGAAGAAGAAUCGUGGCAGCUCCGAUAACGCAGAGAACUUCGAGACGGCCGAAUCCCAGAACCUUGGACCUCAGCUCUACAAUGCUCUUCAAGCCCAAAGCGAAAAGGAGGAGCUGCCCAAGACCACUACUCCGCUGACACCCGCCACCGAGGCUCAGACGGAAACGGUAGCGGUCACCACCACAGUAGCAUCACCCACCACGCCCGAGGAGUACGAGGUGACCACCGCCCGCGACGUCGAGGAGGCCACCAUCACCUCCACCCUACCCGUGAGCGAGGAGAGCGCCACGCGCCGCAUGGACACGGCAGCGGAUGUGGACGACCUGGAGGUGCAGCCCAGCAUCUUCUCCGAGGUGAAGAAGCAGCUGCACGACCUCUUUGCCGUCGAGGAGAGCGAGGACGAGGCGGUGACCGCCGCUCUGGCUGCCGUGGGCAAGCGUCGCCAGGAGUACACGAGCAUCCGGCGCACCAGUCCAACCACGCCCUCGGAAAAAACCACCCUGGCGCCUGCGGAUGAGGUCACCACCACCGAGCCCUCGGCCAACGUUGCGCAGAGCAAAAAGGACAGCUUCCACAAGGACCUGAUGGAGCACGUGGUGUACGCCACCUCAACGUCGACCAAAGUCACCUCCGAGACGGAGAUCUGCUACCGCGGACGCUGCAUCCGCUCCGAGGACCUGCCCGCCAACCAUAAACUGCACUGAGCACACUCCCGCGGCAGCGGACGGUGAAGAGAUUCGUCAUGUACAUAGGGGCAGAGGGGAUACGGAAGGGGUUCAAGGGUCCAGGACGAUGGGGGGUGGAUGGGACAGCUCUUCCGGCUGCUAUGGCCCGAAAAGCAAAACCGUAUCCACUUGUAAUUACCUAGCUUUAACUACAAAUAUGUUAAGGAUAAGCAACUUGGGUCCUGGAGUUCCAGGAAUCUUAAAGAAAGAAAUUUAAAUAAGAUUAAAUUCUACUCUAUAAGAACAGUAAUGAAAAUUCUAUUAGAGAACUUCCCCCACAUUGAGCUUCCUUUGAUAUAUCCCUGAUAUUCCCAUUUAGAGCAAUUAGUCGAUAGGUCUUAGAGUUAGCAUUACGUCAAGAUACCACAUAGCCAGCAUAUAAGUCUUGUACCAUAUGUACAUCGUUGUGUACUAACAAUACAAAUGCAAAUACAACUACAAAUACAAAUACAAAUACCAAUAAAAACGAAACGAAAAAUCCA